AUGACUCAUUCUACAGAUUCUGAUUUUGAUUUUGUAUCAACAGCUGUUCCAAACGAUGAAUCUGAUGAAGAAAUCUAUGUAAAAAAGAGAGCCGGUGAUAGAAAAUAUGUUAAAGGAGUGACAAAGAUUAAAGAAGCAAAAAGGAAGAGGAAUAGUGGGGACAAUCGUGCAGCAAUAAAGAAGCAAAAAAUCGUGAAAGAGCAAAAGACUGUGAAAGAUAUAUUGAAGGAGUUGCCUUCAACAAACACUAGAUCAACAGCUGGAUUAAUGACAGAUGUUGUAAGUUCUUUGACAUCAGAACAAAAAGAUUGGGUGAAACAGAUGAGAUUUAAAGCAUUUUUGAAGAUCAACAUUAAGAGUAUUCCCUUAAAACUUUGCCAUUUUGUGCUUGAACAUUAUGAUGAAGGCACAAACAGUAUUCUGAUUAAAGGAAAAAGAAUAAAGAUCACAAAGGAAAAAAUUCAUAAAGUGUUUGCUUUACUCAAAACUGGAAAAAGCUUAUUUGACUUGGACAUGGUUAGCGAAGAUCAUCAAGUGUUUGAUGGAUGGAUGAAGGAACUUGAAGGUGGAAAGGAACAUGCAACAAACUACAAGAAGAUUAUUCAAAAAUCUGAAAAAGUGGAUAUGAAUUUCAAGCUGGGUUUCAUAGCUUUAUUUGUUAAUACGUUUGUAGAAUCCAUUCCUAUGGGGACAAACAACUUAGUUCCAGUUAGAGCACUUGUUGAAGUAGAUGACAUUUCUAAAAUCGAUUGGUGUGCGUAUUUGUUGUACUAUGUGAAAAAUUCAAAAGGGAGAUGGCGUCCAGACAACCCCAAGUGUUAUUACAGAAGCCCGAUGUUGUUGCUAUUGCUAAUUUACUGUGAUGACAUUGAAUGCAAGCUCCAAAAAAUAGAACGUAAAACAUCAUUAGUUACGAUGUGGAUAGCAGAUAAGUUGAAGGAAAGAGAAUCUUUUGAGAUUGAAGCUGGUGGAUUUGGGGUUGGAAAUCUAAUUGAACAAAGUUCAAAUUUAGAACGUGAGAAAAAUGAGAAUCAGGAGAAUGAGAAUCAGGACACACGUAUUGAGGAGUAUGAAAAAAGUUUCAACAAUGUCUCAACUAAAAAGGAUAAUAUGGAAGAUAUUAUUUUUCAUUGUCUAUCGAAAUUUCCUGAAGACAAUAGAACGAAGGAGAUGAUAAGGAAGUUUAGAGACAUAUUUUCAACUACACUUUUUUCUAGUCGAGAGAAAUCAGAAACUAUUAAGGAGAGAACUGAAGUCAAAGCAGAUAGAGAUGAAGAGCUUAAUAAAACAAACAUUUCUGAUUUUAUUGAUGAUAAAGAUGAAGGUAUGAAUACAAAGUUGGUUGUAUUUUUAGCGGUUAAACCAUUACAACAGAAGUUUCCAGAGAAUGAAGAAAGACAAUAA